UGUCUGCCAGAUAAACACCGUAGACAUAAACACUGCUGUACACUACACUGUAGUCUGUUGCUUCCUUGGAUUCCUAAACAGUGUCAUCGAUGGUUGAGCGUCCGAAACGACUCUUAAACGACUGCUUAUUUGAACUCGAAAGCUAGUUUUGCUAGCGGGAGUCGGUCAAAGGGAAUUUAAUGUGUUUUUUCUGGCGUUAAUAUCUAACGUUGUUACAUAAGAAUGUGGCGAUAAGCUGUAGAUGUAGCUUAAUACCGGCCUGUUUUAUUAAAAUACGCCUCUAGCUUUACACCUGUUACGUUUGAUUAGCAAUCCUCAAGCUAACCUGUUUAACAAUGGGAAUCAGCAGGAUCUAUAUUAGCAUAGGCUAUGCUACGUUUGGUGCUCUGGUUGGAUUGUCGGCGUUUUUGGUUUGGAACAUUGCGUACAAACAGCCAUGGACGGCGGCUAUGGGAGGCCUGUCAGGAGUGUUGGCGCUCUGGACCCUUGUCACACACAUCAUGUACCUGCAGGACUACUGGCGUACCUGGCUCAAAGGCCUGAGGUUCUUCAUCGUUGUUGGGCUGGUCUUCUCGGUUCUGGCUGUAGCUGCUUUCAUCUCCUUUCUAACUAUUGCCAUCACACAGAAGCAAUCUCCGACUGACCCAAGGAGCCUGUACCUGUCCUGUGUGUGGAGUUUCCUGACUCUCAAAUGGGCCUUCCUUUUGUCCUUGUACUCGUACAGAUACCGCCAGGAGUUCGCAGACAUCAGCAUCCUCAGUGAUUUCUAGUCAGUGCUGACUUUAUAGACUGCAAUGGACUUUGAGGAGUUUAGGCUGCCAGCAGGAGCUGGUCAAAGAGUUUUUGUAACAAAGAGGAAAAGCAGAUAUGGCUAGAUUAAAAAGUCAUCUGACUUUUACCACGUGGAGUUGCACUUGCUUAACAAGCUCUUUAUUUUUAUUGUAACCUCUUCUCCUACUUUUAAUGACCCACAUAUCAUAUUUCUGUUUGUAGUCACUCUCUGUUGAAUUAUUUAAGUUCUAUUUAUGAAGAUAUGCAGAUGUUUUUAGACAUUUUUCUUGAGAGUGACCUAAUCUUGAAAUAGUUUAAAUAGAAAAGGAAAUCUCAAUAUUAACAGACUUUAAAGAAAGUAAGUGAAAGUGAAAACGCAUAGGAAGCAACAAAAGAACCAAAACUAAAACUACUCUGCUAGCUUGACAGUUGAAAUGCUUGAUUGUACAUAAAUUAACUUUUUUAUAAAUGCAUUUGCGAAUUAUUGAAAACCCAUAUCUCAAGGUAGUUGCAAUUUUAGUGUCUCUUUUCAUUGUCAGUGAAGCAAUUGAAGAAAGUGCCGUUUCAAAUAGCCAAUUUGGAAAGUUCCACUUUAAAUUAAAGUUGUUUUUUUUUAAAGAGCAGUAAUUUAUAAUGGGGGACGGAGAAGUGUACUUUAUUUCUACUUGCAUAAUCUGCUUUUCUUUCCAUUAGAGCCAAUUGAUUGUGAAGCCUGAUGAAAAGGCAGCCCUGUGUAAUAUGUGCGUUUCAUAUUUUUUCCACAAGGGGGAGACAUGCUAUUUAAAGAAACACAACAUUCCUCAUAAGAGAAGGUGGAAAAGGAUUUAAUGGAAAAAUUGCACUUUAGUGUUUGAUAUUUAUGCCAUUGUUUUGCACACAGAUCAUGUUACAGUGGAAAAUCACGUGUCUCACAUUUGUCAUUUUUACCCCACACAUGUUUAAUGUUGAAAUACACUAUUUGUCUUGUUUUCCAUUUCGUAUUAUUUGUGUCAGUCAAGUAUGGCUACCCUUUUUUGUGGUUUAUUUUCAGCUGUAACCUAUGUGUACUUUUAUCAUAAAAUGUAAAUUGUGUUUUAUUUGAUCGGAGGUUGAAUGUGAGGAUGCUACAUAGAAUCUGAAACUAUUAAACAUGCAUUUAUUGUGUAAUUACAAAAUCA